AUGUCGUCUUCAGGUAUUUCCGAUUGUCGUUUGAUAUACGAGGAGCAGGCAUAUGAUACAACAUACCUUGGAAAUCUGUACGAUAGUCAUUUGACAAUGUUAACUGAUGAACAACGCACUGUUUUUGAAGAGAUUAUGGCAGCAGUAAACAGUGAUAACGGUCAGAUUUUUUUCCUUUAUGGCUAUGGCGGAACAGGUAAAACUUUUCUAUGGAAAACAUUGUCCGCUGCAAUUAGAUCAAGAGGUCAAAUCGUGUUAAAUGUGGCUUCCAGUGGAAUUGCAUCGUUGUUGUUAGAUGGUGGCAGGACUGCACAUUCCAGGUUUAGCAUACCGUUGAAUCUUACUGAAGAUUCCGUAUGCCAUAUAAAACCAGAAAGUGAUUUGGCUAAAUUACUUCACGAGACUAAAUUGAUAAUUUGGGAUGAAGCACCUAUGGUUCACAAACAUGCAUUUGAAGCGCUCGACAGAACAAUGAAUGACGUUUUCAACAUUGACACAUCUCUAAAUUCUGAAAUCCGCUUUGGAGGUAAAGUUAUUGUUUUUGGAGGGGAUUUUAGACAAAUAUUACCUGUUGUUCCAAAUGGUGGCAGACAAGAGAUUGUUAAUGCCUCCUUAUGUUCGUCUUAUUUGUGGAGUAAAUGUAAAUUGCUAAGACUAACUAGAAACAUGAGGUUAACGGUUGGAAGAUCUACGGCUGAUGUUGAUCAAAUAAAUAGUUUUGGCAAAUGGCUUUUGGAUUUGGGUGAGGGUAACGUUGGUGGUCCAAAUGAUGGAGAAGCAACUAUUGAAAUACCACGAGAUCUUUUGAUUACUGAUCCAUCUGAUCCAAUUGGAAGUUUAAUUGAUUUUGUUUAUCCAUCAAUCUUGGAAAACGUAGACGCCCAUAACUAUUUUAGUGACCGGGCCAUACUUGCACCUAAAAAUGAAGUUGUUCAUGAGAUUAAUGACAGGUUGCUAGCAAUGUUUCCUGGUGAAGAAAAAGAGUAUCUUAGUUCUGACAGUCUUUGUCCGUCUGAAGAUGUAAAUUCUACACAACAAAGACUUUACUCUCCAGAUGUGCUCAAUGGUCUUAAAAUAUCUGGCCUACCUAAUCAUAGGUUAGUCCUUAAAGUUGGUGUUCCAGUCAUGUUAUUAAGAAAUAUUGAUCAACGGAAUGGAUUGUGCAAUGGUACAAGGCUACAAGUAAAGAAGCUGCACAACCGUGUAAUAGAAGCAGAGAUAAUAUCUGGUUCAAAUAUUGGUACUUGCACAUAUAUCCCUCGAUUAAACUUGAUACCUUCUGAUAAAAAGAUUCCUUUCUCUUUUCAAAGAAGACAAUUUCCACUGGCCGUAUGUUUUGCAAUGACCAUCAACAAAAGUCAAGGUCAAUCUCUUUCAAGAGUAGGUUUGUACCUCAAACAACCAGUCUUCUCUCAUGGUCAGUUGUAUGUUGCCUUAUCAAGGGUGAAAACAAGAAAUGGUGUGAAGAUACUCAUACUUGACAACAAUGGAAAACCUACGGAUAAAACAACUAAUGUGGUGUAUAAAGAGAUAUUCAACGAUUUGUAA